UUCGGAAAUGUUUAUUAUGGUUUAUGACCACCUAACGAUGAUCUGGUGCUUCCUUUUACAUUAUUUAUUUUUUUUAUUUUUUUUCUUUUUCAAUUUUACCUCUUCGUUUACACUAAAAAAAUCAUAUAAAAAAUAGUGAUCUCGUACCGCAAUAAAUAAUCUCCUCCGCUUCUAUCCUAUCACAUAAAAUAAAAAAUAAAAAAUUACGAUAUGCAAACUUUUGUUAAUUCUGAAAUCUCUUCUUCAUUUUAUCUUCCCUCACUCGUUUCUUCUUUUCUUUGAUUUCCAGCUGAGAAAAAUCGUUGGCUUGGGUCAGUGAUUCUUUCUUUGUUUUAUGACCUACCAAUCAACUUCCCUUCCCAGCUGUCAAACAGGCCUUCCUUUUACUUUUCCUUUUUUUUUUUUUUUUGGUUGAUUUCGAAAAAUAAGGUUCUUUUUCAGUUUCUCUAAUUCCUCGCAUAGCAAAAGCGAAGUUAACAAAUUAAAUACUGGAAAAGUGCGAAGCUUGUGAGUUAAGUUUGGUUUGUGAUAUCAUAUGCUUUUGGGGUUGGAAGAGCGUGCAAUGCAGAAGCUGAGUUUUCUGUAGUGAGAGAGAGACACAGAAGAAGAGGAACGCCAUGGUAGUUAGGAAAGUUGGUAAGUAUGAGAUUGGGAGGACGAUUGGGGAGGGAACCUUUGCGAAGGUGAAGUUCGCUCAGAACACAGAGACCGGCGAGAGUGUGGCCAUGAAGGUGCUCGACCGUAACACCAUCAUCAAGCACAAGAUGGUCGACCAGAUCAAGAGGGAGAUUUCCAUUAUGAAGCUAGUCAGGCAUCCUUAUGUUGUUCGUCUGCAUGAGGUUCUUGCUAGCCGUACUAAGAUUUAUAUCAUAUUGGAGUUCAUUACAGGUGGUGAAUUGUUUGAUAAAAUUAUACACCAUGGGCGUCUUAGUGAAGCUGAAUCUAGAAGAUAUUUCCAACAGCUUAUUGAUGGUGUAGAUUACUGCCACAGUAAGGGAGUUUAUCACAGAGAUUUAAAGCCUGAGAAUCUUUUACUUGAUUCAGAAGGAAAUAUAAAGAUUUCAGAUUUUGGUUUGAGUGCAUUGCCUGAGCAGGGAGUGAGUAUCCUUCGAACAACUUGUGGGACUCCAAACUAUGUUGCUCCUGAGGUACUCAGUCACAAGGGUUACAAUGGUGCUGUGGCAGAUGUUUGGUCCUGUGGGGUUAUCCUUUAUGUCUUAUUGGCUGGAUAUCUUCCCUUUGAUGAGCUUGAUCUAACCACCUUAUACAGUAAGAUUGAGAAAGCAGAGUUUUCAUGCCCUCCUUGGUUUCCUGUGGGUGCAAAAUCGUUGAUACAUAGAAUUUUGGAUCCAAAUCCUGAAACCCGUAUAACCAUUGAACAGAUAAGAAAUGAUGAAUGGUUUCAGAGGGGACAUGUUCCCGUCAGUCUUCUCGAGUAUGAAGAUGUAAAUCUGGAUGAUGUAAAUGCCGCUUUUGAUGAUGCUGAGGGACAGACGGCUAAUCAACAAUGUGAUAAUGAGGACAUGGGUCCUUUAAUGCUUAAUGCAUUUGACUUGAUAAUUCUAUCACAAGGCUUAAACCUUGCAACAAUGUUUGAUCGUGGACAGGACUCUGUGAAGUACCAAACCCGCUUUAUCUCUCAAAAGCCAGCUAAAGUGGUUUUAUCAAGUAUGGAAGUUGUGGCACAAUCAAUGGGAUUUAAGACGCAUAUUCGCAACUACAAGAUGAGGGUGGAGGGUAUUUCAGCAAAUAAAACGUCUUAUUUCUCGGUUAUCCUGGAAAUUUUUGAAGUGGCUCCCACAUUUUAUAUGGUAGACAUUCAGAAAGCAGCUGGAGAUGCAGGUGAAUACCUCAAGUUUUACAAGAACUUUUGUAACAAUCUUGAGGAUAUAAUCUGGAAACCGCCUCAUGAAGCAAGCAAAUCAAGGAUCUCUAAAACUAAAAGCAAAAGACGAUAGUUUCAUUACUCAUGAUAGCUUCUGCUUUAAUUGAAAAGAAAAAGUGGAAAAAUAAAGAUUCAUUGUGAUGGAACAUGAACUUUUAAAGAAGGAUUGACAUAUAGACGCACGGGCCCUGCAUAUCAAGGUUAAUCCAGUUUGCCUAAUCCCAACAUCCUAGGUACUUUUAAGUCCGCCCUAAACUUUACCAAUCACCACUUCAUAUAGAAGACCAAAUCCAAAUUCGAAAGAGGUAUAACGAGAGUAUAUGUUUAUAUAUAUAAUCUUGUAUUUUUGGUGUAUGUAACUCUUUAUUUAUCUGCUUUAUUAGUCCUACCAGUAAAAUGUAUCCUAUAGCCAUAAGAGUGCAAGUAUUCUGACAGUUGAUUAUGAUGUAUGUUACGUCGGGUUAUCAGUUACCACGACUAGAAUAUCGAAGGGUAGAUGUCACACUGUUUCAUGUGAUUUGUAUUUGUGGGUGCAUUAUUGAAACAAGAGAAAGAAAGCAGAGAAAUAGAAUUUAUCCAUGUUGCCCUG